AUGAAAAAAAUCUUUAUAAAAAAUAAUACAAUAGGUUUUAGAUUAUCAUUAGCUUCUCCUAAUUUAAUAAUUAAAUGAUCUUUAAAAUAUAUAAAAAAUUUUUUUAUUUUAGGAGAAGUUAUUGAGCCUUUUACAAUAAAUUUUAAAACAGGUUAUCCUGAACCUAACGGUUUAUUUUGUGAACGAAUUUUUGGGCCUUUGCUUUCUUGAAAAUGUAGAUGUGGAAUCAAUUUUAUAAAUUAUACUAAUAUAAAUACUUUUUGUAAUUUUUGUGGAGUAGAAAUAAAUAUAAACCAAAGUAGACGUUGGAGAAUGGGUUUUAUUAAUUUAGCUACUCCUAUUGCCCAUAAAUGGUAUGUAAAAGAUAUAUUAUCUCUUCUUUUACAUAUACCUAUAAAUGAGUUAAAAAUUUUGCUUUAUUAUAAAAUAUUUUCUUUAUUUUCAUAUAAAAAAAAUCAAAAACAAUAUAAUUUUAAUUGAAUUUUUUCUAAAUUACUUUUUAUUUCUGAAUGGUUCAAACAAAUUUUAAAAGAAUAUAAUUUAUUAAAUGAAUUGGUAUUUUGUAAAGAAAUGUAUUAUGAAUUAUAUUUUUCUAAUAAUAAUAUUAAAAAAAAAUUAUUAAAAAAAUUAUCUAUUUUACAUUUAUUUUUACUUAAUAAUAUUAAUCCUGAAUGAUUAUUUUUAACUGUUCUUCCUGUAAUACCAGCAGGUCUUAGACCUUUAGUUAAAAUAAAACAAAAAUUAUUUGUUUCAUCUUUAAUUAAUAAUCUUUAUAAAAUUAUUAUAUUACGAAACAAUAGAUUAAAAAGAUGAAAAAUUUUACGUCAUUCUAUUCCUUUCUUUUUUGAAUUAAUCGAUAAACAAUUAUUACAAUGUUCUAUUGAUGACUUAUUAAAUAUAAAAACUAAACCUUCUUCAUCUAAUUGCUUUACUUUACAAGGUAAAAAAGGAAAAUUUAGACAAUAUAUUUUAGGAAAAAGAAUUGAUUUUUCAGGUAGAUCAGUUAUACUUCCUGGAUCUGAUUUAAUUUAUAAAAAUAUAGGUUUACCGUUAAAUUUAAGUUUAGACCUAUUUAAACCAAUGCUUCUUAAUUUUUUAAAAAAAGAUUUAUCUAUAAUUACAUUAUUAAGAGCUUCUUAUAUUACUCAAUAUAACCCAAUUCUUUUAAAACGAAUUUUAAAAUUCUUAAUUACUAAAGAAAUAGUUUUAUUAAAUAGAGCUCCUACUUUACAUAGAAUGAAUAUACAAGCAUUUAAACCUUAUUUAAUAGAAUUUGAAGGUAUUAAAUUAUAUCCUGUAGGUUGCUCAAGUUUUAAUGCUGAUUUUGAUGGAGAUCAAAUGGGAUUAUUUUUAAUUUUAUCUAAAAUAGCUAAACAAGAAGCAAAAAAAUUAAUGGCUUUUGAUAAAAAUAUUUUUUCUCCAACAUAUUUACGAAAUAUGUUUAAAUUAUCUCAAAGUAUAAUUUUAGGUAUUUCUACUUUAUUAAAUUUAAAUGGUAUGGUUUUAUAUAAUAACACUAUUUUUGCUAAUUUAUAUGAUGUUAUAAGUAGUUUUUUCUUUAAUUUAAUUAAAUUAGAUUCACCUAUCUGAAUAAGAUGUUUAGAAAAAAAUUAUAAUAUAAACAUUAUAUUUAAAAAAUAUAUUCUAAGUACUUUAGGAAGAAUAUUAUUACAAUAUUAUUUAUAUUUAUUUAAUUAA